CACCAACACCCACCGAGGUACGCCCAGCUCACGUGAUGCACCAUUUAACGCGACCCCGGAAGUCGCACGCUUAAGUGGCCAACCCAGUUGUGAGCUAGGCAUCAACGUGGCGGGGAGAUGUUCUCGGCCGGCGCGGAGAGUCUGCUCCACCAAGCCAGGGAGAUCCAGGACGAGGAGCUGCAGAGGUUCUGCUCCCGGGUCAGCAAGCUGCUGCAGGAGGACCUGGGACCAGCCACUGUGGAUGCCCUGCAAAGACUCUUCCUCAUCGUCUCGGCCACCAAGUAUGCCCGCAGGCUGGAGAAGACAUGUGUGGAUCUGCUGCAGGCCACUCUGUCCUUGUCCACGUGCUCUGAGCAGGUCCAGGUCCUGUGUGCUGCCAUCCUGAGAGAGAUGUCACCCUUCAGUGCCCUGACUCUGUCCUGUGAUCACAUGCAGAACCCCCAUCAGCUGAGCCUGGUGGCGUCUGUGCUCCUAGCCCAGGGCGACAGGAGAGAAGAGGUCAGAAGUGUGAACCAGCGCAUCUUCGCCAUCCUGGAGAGCCGGCAGCCUGAGGGCCCCAGCCUCAGGCCCCUCUUGCCCGUGCUGUCCAGGGUCGUGGGUCUUGCCCCAGGGACCCUCCAGGAAGACCAGGCCAGCCUGCUCAGCAAGCGGCUAGUAGACUGGCUGCGCUAUGCCCGCGUCCAGCAGGGCACCUCACAUUCGGGGGGCUUCUUCUCCACACCCAGGGCACGGCAGUCGGGCCCCAUCACUGAGUUGGAUGGGGCAGUGGCCUCGGACUUCUUCACAGUGCUGUCCAUGGGCCAGCACUUUACGGAGGACCAGUGGUUGAAUGUGCAGGCCUUCUCCAUGCUGCAGACGUGGCUACUGCUCAGCAGCCCCGAGGGCCCAGGCACCGCGGAUGCAGAGGACAGGUCAGAGCUGGAGGGCUCCACUCUCUCUGUGCUCUCUGCUGCCUCUGCUGGCCGCCAGCUGCUCCCGCAGGAGCGUCUGAGGAAAGUGGCCUUCGAGUACUGCCAGCGCCUCAUCGAGCAGAGUAACCGACGAGCCCUGAGGAAGGGGGACUCCGACUUGCAGAAAGCAUGCCUGGUGGAAGCCGUGCGGGUGCUGGACACAGUAUGUCGGCAGGACCCCUCCUUCCUGUAUCGCAGCCUCUCCUGCCUCAAGGCCCUGUAUGGGCAGCUGGGCACAGACGCAGGCAGCGAGCGGGCGCUGCUGCCGCUCGCCCAGUUCUUCCUCAACCAUGGGGCUGCAGCUGCUGUGGACUCGGAUGCCAUCUACCAGCACCUCUUCACCAGGCUCCCUUCUGAACGCUUCUAUAGCACCACGCUGGCCUUCGAAGUCACCCGGUUCUGCCGGGACAACCUUCCCCUGUUCGACCCACACCUCCUUGGCCUUCUGAAGCUGAGCUUUCCCAACCUCUUCAAGUUCCUGGCGUGGAACAGCCCACCCCUCACUGCCGAACUCGUGGCGCUCCUCCCUGCGCUGGUGGAUGCUGGGACGGCUGUGGAGAUGCUGCACUCCCUGCUGGACCUGCCCUGCCUGACAGCUGCCCUGGACCUGCAGCUCAGGUCAUCACAGAUGCCAUCUGAAAGGCCACUCUGGGACACCUCCCUCAAGAUACCUGGCUGCCUGGAGGCCUUCCGGGACCUGCAGUUCCAGCCUCUUUUCCAGCACCUGCUGCGAACCAAGGCCAGCGGCUCCACGGAGAGGCUCGUGCCACUCUACCAGCUGCUGCAGCCCAUGGCCAGCUGUGCCCGGGUGGUCCAGUGUGCCCAAGCAGUGCCGACCCUGCUCGAGGCCUUCUUCUCUGCUGCGACCCAGCACCAGGUUGCUGACAAGGCCCUGACCAACCAGCUGGCACUGCUGGUCCUGGAGAGAAGCGAUGUGCUCUACCAAGUCCCACAGUACAAGGCUCGCGUGCUCAGGGUGCUGAGUUCCUGGUUCCUGGCCCUGUGCAAGCAGAAGCCAUCCCUGGUGCUGGAGCUGGCGAGGGAGCUCCUGGAGCUUGUGGGCAGCAUGAGCAACAUCCAGAGCAGGGCAGAAAUGUUCACCUGUGUGGUGUGGGCCAUUGGCGAGUACCUGUCAGUGACCUGUGACAGACGAUGCACCGUGGAGCUGAUCAACAACUUCUUCGAGGCUCUGGAGGCCCUGCUGUUUGAGGUCACCCAGUCCCGUCCCUCAGCCAAUCUGCCCCGGUGUCCGCCUCAGGUUGUCACGGUGCUCAUGACCACGCUGACUAAGUUGGCCUCCCGGAGCCAGGACCUCAUCCCCAGGGUCUCUCUGUUCCUGUCAAAGAUGAGGACCCUGGGUCAGAGCCCAGCCACCAGCUCUGUGUACAGUGAGGAGGAUGUGGAAGCCAUCCGCACACGGGCCACGGAGCUGCGGAACCUGCUUAGGAUGCCCAGUGUGGCCCAGUUCGUGCUCUCACCGAGUGCAGAGGUGUGCCAGCCCCGCUAUCAUCGUGACACUAACACGGCCCUGCCCCUGGCCCUGCGCACUGUCACCCGGUUGGUGGAGAGGGAGGCUGGCCUCUUGCCAGGGUGACAGGACCAUGACCCAGUGGACACUGACCAGGUAGAUUCUAAAGACCUGGGGCCACCAGCCUGAUACCGGGUCCAAGCCACUGGCUUUAGUGAUCAGAAAGGAACUAAGGAGGAGGGGCCUGCUGGGAGAAGAGAGAGGGCUCAGCCUGUCCUCCUUCCAGCUUUCUGGGUUUUGUCUUCUAACUCUGGCCCCAUGGCCCCAUGGCCCUGCUGAGCUGUACCGGGGAGCAGCUGCUGGAUGGCCUUGGCCUUUCUCAGACUGGGUGGAUGCUGAUCUGUGUCCUGUUGUUCCUUGUUUCUCGAAAGUCCUGGGGCAAGGAGGGAAGCAGUAAAAGUAAACCUGCUUAGAAGUUCUUGUACGUCA